AUGUUGAAGUCAAUCUUGCCCAAAGAACACAGACGGUCAAAGUCAAAGGAUCUCGGUCGAGUCACUUCCAAUACGACAACACAGAUGGUGCCUCUGCUACCCCCCGACCACCCUCAUUCGGCCACACAACCCACAGAAGAUAGCCGUUCUAGCAGACAGGCCAAAAAGGAAAAUGCCCCUCCGCACAAGCGGUCAAAGAGCAGUGUCUCACUGCGCUCUCUGGGUCGGGACAAGGACAAGGACAAGGAGAGGAAGAGCCGAAAGGAAAGAGAGAAGGAGAAGCAGAGUCAGCGCGGCGCCAACGACCAGGACUGCCGCGAUGGCCGCACGCGCAUGAAGAAGACCAAAUCCUCGACCAGCCUCCGUGGCCUACUGGGAAAGAUGAAUCGCUCUUCCAAGGACCUGAGCGACACAGUUCACGACAAAGAGAACUUGAGUCCACCGACCUCCGCGUUAGAGCCUAGUGCAAGUCCAAGUUGGCCUCAGCAUCCCCCCAUCAUGCAACAACCUCCGUCCGUCGACGCUGAGAUCGAUCGCUACACACCCAAGGAUUAUAGUCCCUCCAAACAGCGCGACUUCUCGGCCUAUGGUCAGCCCGUCCUGUCAAGGCCUCUCUCUUCCGGACGACCCAAAAGCCUGGUUAUCCCUGGAUCAAUGUCGUUCCUCGAUGCGCUAAAUCGCCCUAUCAGUCGCGAGAGAGACCGUACUCAACUUGGUUCGCGUGGAAGUGAUCACUCACAGGGUAGCCGGGGGAGCCUGGAAGGGGCAAAGCAGUCAUUCGAUCGAAAGGUCAGUUCUAGCAGUAACGAACGACCUGCGCCAAAACCACUGGCAAAUGUGCCCAAACGUGGUCCGAGAGUCAUGGCUGCAGUCGCCGCUUUCGAUGAAAAGGCCAGAGAAAACGGGGCCACACUAGAGGAGCAGAAGUUGGAUGCUAGAACUGUGGACACCGCUUUCGAGGCUGUGCUGGAUUCACGCAACAUUCCCGAGAACAUGCGACAGAAGAUGCGCACUCUAACACUUCGCGUCAAGGCCGACUUUGUCAAGCAAGACAAAGGGGCUGUUAGUCCUACUAAGCCAGAAACUCGACUCCCAUUCUUCCAUGAUGAGCCAACACAACAACAAACCGCCGAUCGUGAAGAAGAACCCGUCAAGGAGGACCUCUCCAAACGGUCAAGGUCAAGAAGUAAGACUUUCACGCUGACCAGAAGUGAUGGUUCGCCCAGAAAACAGAAGCCAGAUAGUCGGCCCAACUCGAUCCACAUCCCGAGAUCAUCAGGUACCUUGCCCAAGAAUUUUGUACCCCCUUCGCCAGGUCGAGGCCCCCAAGCUGCGUGCCCUGACGAGUUUGUGGCCUAUCUGGAGAACGUUCGCGAUCCCGUGCAGAUGGAAGUUGGUCGACUACACAAGUUGCGUCUCCUGCUUCGAAACGAAACAGUCGCAUGGGUGGACAACUUCAUCUCACUUGGUGGUAUGGCUCAAGUCGUGGAUCUACUUCAUCGCAUCAUGCAAAUCGAAUGGCGGGAGGAGCACGAGGACCAACUGCUCCAUGAAGCCCUACUCUGCUUGAAGGGGCUUUGCACGACAGAAGUUGCUCUCAAAAACCUCGCUAGUCUGGCAGAUGCUUUGUUCCCCAAGCUUCUGGCUAUGCUUUUUGAUGAGGAGAAGAAGGGACCGAGUGAGUUUACCACCAGGGGCAUCAUUAUCAACAUUCUUUUUGCAUAUCUAGGUGCAGCGCGUACUGGUGGACCUCAUUUCCUGGCUCAGCGAGCCCGGGUGAUCCUGGCCUACCUCGCAGACCCACAGAAGCCUGAAGAAGCUCAACCAGUCUCUUUCGUGCUCAGCAUGCGACAAUCACGACCCUACAAGGUGUGGUAUACAGAAGUCAGCAAUGUGACAAAGGAAGUAUUCUGGAUCUUCCUACACCAUCUCAAUGUCAUACCGCUUCCGGAAAAGGAUGCGCCAGAUGGAGAGGGCUCGACUCAAACUCAAGUCGACGGCACCAUAACUCCAGGUCAGAGUUAUGCAGAGCGAUUCUUCCCCGGCGAUCGGCCUCCAGUACCAGCUGCCCCAUAUAUCGGUGGUGUCGAAUGGGAUGCAACCACAUAUAUGACAGCUCACCUGGAUCUUGUCAACGGACUCAUUGCCUCAAUCCUGACUAGAGAAGACCGCAACCAACUACGCUCGGAACUCAAGGCCAGUGGGUGGGAGAAGAUGAUGGGCGGUACCAUGCGCACAUGCAAAGAGAAGUUCUACUGUGGCGUACAUUCCGGUUUGCAGAAUUGGAUCGCCGCAGCUCAGGCUGAUGGUUGGGAUAUCACAUAUGUGCGAUAUGGCCCAAGUAAAGAAGAGAUGGCAGCGUCGAGUCCGAAGAAAAGUUCGAAGAAGGGGGAUUCACCGCCGCAGAUUGGUCUUCCCAUCAUCCAAAUGCCGAAACUAACACUGGGAUUGGAUCGAUCCAAUUCGACACCUGCCUUUAACGCCAGUAAUGAUAACGAUGGAUGGUUGCUUUGA